AUGGCGGCUGGUUUUGGAAUUCGACACUACUUGUGUAUGAUGUUUCUUCUUUCAAUUAUAUUUUGUGUUUCAGCGCGAAAUUUCAUUUCAAUCUCAGAUGAUGAGAUGACAAUGUUACAAGUGCAGAUGAAGAGGUCACUGCUUUCAGUGCAGCUAGAUGAUUAUGGUUCACCUUCUGCGAACCGCAAUCACUAUCCUGGCAAGCCCAGCAAGUCCAAAGGUGGCCGUGGCUAGUUCAUGCCCUGAACUAUAA